CUGGUAUAAUUAGAAGCUACUUUUUCCAGAUGUCUUGGUAGUUUAGGGAGCCAAUAGUCUCGUUACAUUAGUGCUGAAACAUUGAAGUAUAAGUUCCAUUAACUACGAUAGAGUUAAAGACAUCCAUGGGUCAGAAGAAGUUAAAGAGUAAUUAACAGUACUUGAAUUGAAAUCAUGACGUAGGAAUUAUAGAAUAGCCCGUUCUUCUAGGACUUCCCUAAUGAGCCUCAUUGGCCUCAUCUGAAUACCUCUAUAUUCUAUAUAUCCCUUAAAUUAUAACAUUUUCUCACCACUAAAUAUUAGAUGAAAACGAUACCUAGCCUUCCUCGACUGAAUCUAUAUCGAACCAGUCGGAAUUUGACUUACCUUAGGAGUAUAAUGAUUCCUAACCAACUCCCCUACGCGCCAUUCACGACAUGUCCGGUACGCUUCAAAGUGGUGACAGACCAGACGAAGAAAUCAAAUAACCCCGAAGAGGAACAGAAUGGCUGCCAAACAGCCAGAUCCGCAACCAAGUCCACAAGUAUUAGAUCCGAAGGUCCCGGGUCGAAAUCUGGGGAGGGACCAGGUCAGCAUACGGGAUAGCUAAGAAUCAUUGGUCUUAUAUAAUCAUAAAAGAAGCAUUCUAGGUGAUCUGUUCUUCAAAGUACUUUAUCUGACACGUUCUAGAAAUAUUCGGGACAUACGGGCAGACGGGUGGGAGUUUGUCA